CAGUUUUUCAAAGUAUUCUUAUUAUAGUUUAGUUAAAAUGUUGUUCACUUAUUUCUGUCUGGUUAUACUAUCUUUUAUGAUAGGCCUACAUGGAGGAGAUUAUCCAUCAACACUAAAGAUGAACAGGAUGAAUUCAAACUUUCAUUUACACACAAAUCCCUUAAUUGUAUUGUCUUUAUUGAAAAGUAAGAAAAUAACAAGUCCACAGUUGUAUCAUACAUAUAUGUUAUCAAAUAUAAUGGAAAAAAGUGAAAAACACUAUCGAAUACCUGGAUUUUAUAAAUUUAAUUAUCAUCAUCAUUAUCAUCAACAGAAUCCUUAUUAUAAUCAUAAUAAAAAAUAUCAUCAUAAAGUUUAUUUACCAAUUAGUCAACUUAGAACUGAUGAACACUUUGUUAACACAUUGUUUGAACCAAUUAUCAGGAGAAGAAUGGAGUUUAAUGUAAACGAUACUAAUGUCAGUAUGGAUAAAUUAUUCGAUAGUGGAAAUCAUUUAGCAUCAAGAGGAUGGAGACCACAACGUUAUGGAUAA